AUGUCUGACGAACAGAUCUUGAAGCUAAUUUACGCAACUCAUGUCCAUGCUGACGAAAAGUUUGAUGCCAAGGCUCUUUUCAUCGUAGCAAAAAACAUUCUUAAGCGAGCCACCCAUAUUGUUGACAAUGUCGUGGGUGCUCAAUCACAUCAGGAGGAUUUGGAGGAAAAGGCACCCAACCCCAGCUUGAUCCCCCCACUGUGCUUACUCAAGCAACUUUCUUGCGAGAUGGCAUGCAAGGAUCCGGGUGAGGAAAUUGCACACAAAACAACGAUGUCCAUACUCAACAAGCUCUCAACCUAUUCAUGGGAUGCGAAGGCAGUGCUGAUACUUUCUGCUUUUGCUUCUGAGUACGGGGAUUUCUGGCUCCUUGCCAAACUGAACUCGUCGGACCAACUCGCCAAAUCAGUGGGGAUCCUGAAACGAGUACCAGUCAUCUUAAAGCGCCCAGACCUUCAGAAAUAUGGGAAAUCGAUUGAUGAACUUAACAACCUGGUCAAAGCCACAUUGAAAGUCAUCGAGUCAAUCUUUGAGUUGGAGAAGCUAUUUGUCUACGAUACAAAGGAUAUACCAGCAUUAUCACUUGCCAUGGAUUGCAUCCCAGUGGUUGUUUACUGGGCUAUCAUAAGUAUUGUAGUUUCCACUACUCAGAUGUGUUGUCUCACCAGCGAUGAGGACAAGACAUUGGAAUUAUCGCCCUUUGCUCAGAAAAUCAGCUUCACCCUAUACUCUCUAAAGUUGCAGAUAGACGUUUGCAAUGAACAAAAAGAGGUAAUAGAAGCAUAUAGGAAACUCAAGAAACUCUUAGGAACACCUACUGAAAUCAUGGAGAUUUUCAAGGCCCUGAUUUUUACCAAGGAUAAUGUGCAGCAUCUUAUUGAUGGUUCCACAAACAAAACGGUUAGCAUCGAAGUGCUGAGAAAGAAGAAUGUUCUCUUGUUCUUUUCGGGCUUGGACAUCUCCAUUCAUGAUAUCUCGAUUCUGAAUCCAAUCAUUGAUGGAAUAAGGAAGAAGAAUCAGUAUAAAAUUGUAUGGAUCCCAAUUGUGGAGAAGUGGACCGAUGACUUGCACAAGAAGUUUGAGCUACUGCGGCCUAAGAUGUCGUGGUACAUAGUGCAAUACUUUUCGCCUGUAGUAGGCAUCAAGUUCAUCAAGGAAGAGUGGAACUUUGAGAAUAAGCCUAUUGUUGUGGUGAUGAACCCACAAGGGAAAGUGGAACACCAAAAUGCACUCCACAUGAUUCGGGUGUGGGGAAUCAAUGCCUCCCCUUUCACUAAAGAGGUUGAACAACAUUUGCUGAAGGAAUCAAAUUGGCUUGAAUAUAUAAUGGCUGGAAUUCAUCCAAAUUUGCAGAAAUGGAUGAGAGAGGAGAAGUACAUUUUCUUCCAUGGAGGCAAGGACAACGUGUGGAUCCAACAAUUUGCAAAGAAAGCAACUACCCUCGCAAAUGAUUCGAUUAUAAAGGAAAAAAGGAUUUCCAUAGAGACAUUUUGCUUAGGAAAAGACAGCAAAGGGGAAGAUGACCUCAACAUCCUAGGGCAUUUCUGGAACAAAAUAGAAAGCCUUUUCUUGUGUGCCAAGGCAAACAAAGAGACAGAAGAGAACACUGUGAUGCAAGAAAUCCAAAAGUUGCUUUCCUUCAAGAAUGAGGGUGGAUGGGCUAUACUGGUCAAAGGGUCAAAAGUGGUGGUCAGUGGUCAUGGAACGAUAAUUCAAAAGGUCUUGGAUGAGUUUGAAAAAUGGAAGGUUUACGUGUCUGAGAUUGGCUUUGAAGCUUGUUUCCAGGAACACCAUGACAAGCUUCUUGAAGGGGAUCGCCCAUGCUGCCGUGUCGACAUCCCAUUCACUGCUGGAAUGAUCACAGAGCCUAUGAAAUGCCAUCAUUGUCCCCGUGUCAUGCAGACCUAUGUCAGCUUCAAGUGUUGCCAUGUUGAUGGUGCUACGAAAGGGCUGCAUUAG